AUGAAGAUCUCGAACAAUCCGCCACAGCAUCUGUCAAACUACGAGGUGCUGCAGCAUUUCCUCGCGCUCAAGAAGGACAACGACGUGCUUGAGCGAGCCGCCGAGUCCAAGAAGAACCGCGACAUCAAGGGUGCCUUCGACCAGAUCCCACUCAUCACGCGACGUGGAGAGAUCGGCGGUCCCGAGAUCCCCGAAGUACCCCACCUCACGCCCGCCCAGCUGAAGCGGGAAGACGAUGCCGCACGCCGGGGCGUCUCCAAAGAUCUGGUGUGGGUACAAGGCGAGGUGCUCAAGUACCUCUGCGCCGACUACAACGUGACCGCUCGGCAGACUGCAGAUGGGGUGCGGUCCAUCGCGGAUGGAUUGCAGGACUACGGCCUCACAAGGGCCGAGCUGCUACAGACGUGCAACCUCGCUCCGACGAACAUGGUCGGCAUGUACUUAAUUGUCGAAGAGGCCGAGAAGCGAUUCCAGAACUACGAGGGAGGGUAUGAGGGGACAGUGGGCACUAUUAUUUCCGACAUCAUUGAGCCGAGCCUCCUUUACGAGGUUCCAGACGAACUCACGCCGUUCGUCACAAGCGUCAAGGCCAAGGAGAUAGUGCAAACCAUCCUGGAAGACGCUGCGGCUUACGCUGAGGAGGAGGAGAUGAUGUACCAGGAGCAGGAGUUUGUGCACGAGGCAGAGUGGGGAGCAGACAAGGAAGCCGCGGCCGACGACGACGAGGACAACACCAUGGACUAA